CAUGUGCUGAUAGGAGUGGGCGAUACGGUUUCGCUCAACUGCAGUGUUUUGGGCGCACCCGUGGUAUACGUGGUGUGGAAACGCAACGGCAAACCCAUUGCCUAUAAUAAUCGCAUCAAACUAUUUAAUGAACACUUUCUGCAUAUCAGACAAGUGACCGCUCAGGACCAGGCUAUGUAUCAAUGUAUUGCAAGCAACGAAUGGGAAAGCAGUACCGCAUCGGCCGAAGUGAGCCUCGUAUGGGACGGCCCGCACUUCACCCACACCUUCCCACCCCUGGAACCGCUCAGUCCGGGUCAGUCCCUAUCGCUCAAGUGCUCGGCCACUGGUCUACCCCUACCGCAGAUCGUGUGGACAGUCGACGGGCAGCCGGUGUCCGACAACUGGCGCCUCCGUAUAGGGGACUACGUGUCCAGCGAUGGUAUAGUCAACUCAUACGUCAACAUCUCUAACGUCGGGGAAGAAGACUGUGGACUGAUGAUGUGCCCGUCCGCCCCACACUUCCCGGUGUCGGUCAUACCGCUGGCGGCAGACAUGAAGUGA